AUGCGUCAAGAAGCGCUGCAACACGCAACGAGACCCAAAACAUGCACCAGAAUGUGCACCACAAUCACCAAACAACACACACACAGGCAAAACCACACACAACACGCUAAAUAUGUCAGAUGAUAAAGCCGCAAAUGAUAUAAUCAAACCGCCUCUGCGCAGGCAACUAAAUGUUAUGUUUGAUGCAAUGAGAAACACGCCUCUGCGAAGGCGACUAAACGUUAUGGUAAAGUAUAAUUGUAAACCAAGCCUCUGA